AAAAUGUCUACCACGUCCAUUGAAGGCUACCAGCUCGGCAGGAUUCUGAUUGAGGGAAAGACCAAGAAGGUGUACGACCUGCCCGAUCAUCCGGGACUAUGUCUGCUGCUCAACAAGGAUCGCAUCACAGCCUUCGAUGGACUCAAGGCCCAUGAGCUUCGGGGCAAGGCGGCAAUCUCCAACACCACCAAUGGACUGGUUUUUCGGCUACUCAACAAGGCGGGAAUUCGCACCGCUUUCGUGGAUCAGUGUGGCGAACAGGCCUUCAUAGCCCGCAAGUGCCAGAUGAUACCAAUUGAGUGGGUGACUCGUCGCUUGGCCACUGGAUCCUUCAUCAAACUAAAUCCCGAAGUGCCCGAGGGCUAUCGAUUUGCGCCUCCCAAACAGGAGACUUGCUUCAAGGACGACGCUAGUCACGAUCCCCUGUGGUGCGACGAGCAAAUCUACGCCUCUAAGUUCAAACUGAAUGGUCUAGUAAUUGGCCGAGAUGAAGUGCAGCUGAUGAGACGCACAUCCCUUCUGGUCUUCGAGAUCCUCGAGAGAGCUUGGCAAACGAAGAACUGCACCCUCGUCGACAUGAAAGUGGAGUUCGGCGUGGACGAUGAUGGAAACAUAUUGCUAGCGGACAUUAUAGAUUCCGAUACGUGGCGCAUUUGGCCAGCUGGCGAGAAACGACUCAUGGUGGAUAAAACCGUCUAUAUAAAUCUGACGGCAGUAACCGAUAGUGAUUUGGACCAAGUGAAACAAAACUAUUCCUGGGUGGUGGAUCAAUUGACGUCUAUGGUGGCUCCCAAGGAUCAUCUGGUGGUGGUGCUAAUGGGAAGUGCUUCCGACACUGCACAUGGCUUACAGAUUGCAUCCCGCUGUCGGUCAUUGGGUCUGAAUGUACAGCUCCGCGUGAGUUGCGGUUUUAAAGAUCCUGAGGAAACGCUGCGCAUUCUCCGGGAAUACGAAGCGACAACGGGUAAGCUGGUUUUUGUGACCGUUGCUGGGCGAUCAAAUGGAUUGAGCUCCUUGCUUUCGGGCAACACCAGUUGUCCAGUGAUCGAUUGUCUGCCACUUCAGUCCAAGAGCAGCUUGAAUCUGGGCUAUGAUCUCCAUCCGGAAGCAGCCGCUCUACACACGGCAUCCAUUCUGGGGCUAGAUAACUUUAUGGUUUGGUCCAAGCUGCGCGUCAAACAAUUAAACAAUAUAAUUGCCCUUAAAAAAGCCGAUACAGAUCAGCGACAAGUUCGCGACUGCUGAGAGAAGCCUUAAUAUCUUAUCUCAAUUAUAUUAAGCCUAUCUCACCUUCAAGU